AUGCGACAGCCACUGAGAACCGUGUCAGAUCCGCCCACGAGUACACCCUCGCCCAUCUCCAAUGAAACCAAGGCACAAUUAGUGUUUCUCAUUCACACUAGUUGGACGGCAGGACCUUCUGAUUCAGAGCAACAUAUCUCACCGGAGAACUCAAACGUGUCAAAUCGUCAGAAAACAAGAGAACCGUCAGGUCAAAUGGCUAGUAAUCAAGAUAAUGAAAAUGCUCUUGAAAAUACUCAAGAAAAUACUUCAGAAAAAGAUAUUACACGAGGUAUUACUAUUAUGAGGGGAAUCAUACGUGAUAGAGAUAGAGGAGUAACAUAUAAUGUAGAAUGGAAUGAUAAUGACCAAUUAAUUGGGUCUAAUGCUGCAAAGUUGACAAGCUACAUUGGUACGCUUGUUCGUAUACACAUUCCGAUCAUCACUCCUAGAUGGAAAAGAGGAGAGUUGGAUGAGGCUAAGGAGAAAGUUUGGACUGAGAUAAAGAGGUCUUUUAACAUUGAAGAUACCCGCCAAAGAAGAGAUGAGAAUUUCAAGAAAGUGAGUGCUAUAAAUCGCGAGAGAGCGUCAAAACCCGCAUAUCCAUACAAAAAAGGGCGUUUGGGAUAUGCUCACUUAGAGGAAAAAAUUUUAGAAGAGACGAAAAGUGACACAACAUCACUAUCGGCACAUUUAUUGUGGAAGGAAGUCCGUGUGGGCAAGGAUCAAGUUGUUAAUCCCGAUAUUCAACAUGUGUAUGAUGAAUGUGAGACCUUGUCCCAAUCGGUAUCCCCAGGUGAGGAUCCUCACGAUACCAGGAGCGUACUUAGUCGAGCACUAAAUAUUGCUGAGUAUCCGGGUCGGAAGGAUAAAGAGAGAUAUAUGGCGGAAAAGAGCAGUUCACACUUGAAAGAAACUAGUGACAAAGCUAGUAUCAACUUUCAGCAUAAAUUUCCCGAGGGCAUUUCAUCUUGCCAGCUAUACCUAUCGUCACCGACUUAUCGACUAGUUGGCAAGGGAAAAGUCCAUAACAGUUCGGGAGAUUUACUUCAUAAUAGACCGCUUCCGGAUGGUCACAUGAAAGUAUCGGUUGACAUUGCUUUAGAUAUGGGUGCAUUGCUGCCGGUACCUGAUAUUGUUGCUGAGACCACAUUGCUGCGAGAUGCAAUUGGAUCUUUUGUUGCAUGGCCAUCCGACCUCAUUUUCAUAGAUGAUCAGACUCCUACAACACCCGCAUCUAAGGGUAAAGGGAUUUUGUGGCACGACGAGUCUGACGUAUCACCAAAAGAGGUACCUUUUCAAGGGUCACAACAAAUUUUCCGUCAUAAAGAAUUGGGCGUCAGUAUUAUGCACGCAUACAUCCGGCUGUUAUAUGACAAAUUGAUGCGCGGGAAUCAAUUGUCAAACAGAUUCCCUUUUGUGUCUUCCUCCCGUGUCAGCGGAGCGACAAUUGGUAGGGAACCGAAUUCAGUAAGAGAGCACUUAGUCGAAAGAUUCAUGGCAACUGGCAGUACAGAAAGCUUAUAUCUUUGGGUGUAUAAUACUGUUCCUACAGGACGUCACUGGUUGUUGGUUGCUAUCGAUCCUAUAAAAGAAGUGGUCUAUUAUCUGAAUUCGGUUGACGGUGAUUGGACAAAUUAUCCGGAUAUGAAGUUAAUGAUUGAUACAGCGAUACAAGUAUUCCGGUGUCAAAGAGAGGCUCGGGUACGACGGUCUAAAUCAAACAACAUUAAUUGGAUUAAAGUGCAGUGUCCUCAACAGCAAAACGGUAUAGAUUGCGGAUACUUCGUUAUGCGGUUUAUCAAAGAAAUCAUUCAACUGAAUCAAAUAGAGAUUCCAGUCACGGUAUGA